AUGGACUCCAAGGACAUGGGCUCAAUGGACUCGACAUCACCCGGCACUCCCUCGCCCGCGACUCCUCUCACCGCAAGCGGCUCUUCCUCGAGGAGGCCGCCGCGCAAGAGCACCCUCACUCAACAACAAAAGAACCAGAAGAGACAACGCGCAACUCAGGAUCAGCUGAUCACUUUGGAAGUGGAAUUCAACAAGAACCCUACCCCCACCGCCGCUGUCCGCGAGAGAAUUGCCGAUGAGAUCAACAUGACCGAGAGAUCAGUACAGAUUUGGUUCCAGAACAGGUAA